CCUAAUUUUCAUUCUAUUUGUGUUUAGAAUGCCUUUUUUUUAAGUGGGUGGGAAGAGAAGAUUUCCUUGUUUUAAGAAAGUGCUUAUUUGUGCUGGGAAUUUAGCACACCUUUGAUAUAACAGAAACCAUGCUGGCUUAUUAGGACCUGACUGCACCUUGUACAUUCCAGUUCUUGUUUAAUAUUUCACCAUGCCUUGCUCCAUUCAGACUGAUUGAUAAAUGAGAGCUUGUCCACUUUCUAAUUCACAGCUUCCCUUAAUGGGGCGAAGGAGGGGGAAGACAAAUAUUUCGGCCAAAAAGAUUUUCAAUUUCUGUCCCUGGUGGACCACUGGAGUAAAAGGACUGAGGCAAUGAUGUUAAUAUAAAGCUACAAGCAAUAUUAGCCAUAAUUGCAGUACAGAAUUUCUACCUCGUGGGCAGAGUAAUAGUCUUUUGAUUCCAUGUUUUCUGCCACUCUGUACCCCUUUGGAUUUGUGCCUUUAGUAAACAGGGACUGUCAAACCAGGCUUCGUGUGGCAGGCUAGGUUUCAUGCAGCCCCACCUGAGACAGGCUGUUUCUGGGUACAGUCCUUUAUUCUGGCAAGUGUGUCUGUCUCUGUCUUGCUGUUUUCCUUUUUCUCUUUUCCAGAUGAUUGGUGAUCAAUUUAUCCAGCUGCCGGUAUGAGAGCGUGCGCAGGGCAGCUCAGCAGUAUGGCCUUAGAGAGGGAGGGGAAAAUGAUGACUGUACUCUCUACUGGACAGAAGACUCGGUGUCGCUGGAGCGCAUGAUGGAAAUGAAAAGUUACCAGAAAAUCAAUCACUUCCCUGGGAUGAAUGAAAUCUGCCGCAAGGACUUGCUGGCCAGGAAUAUGAGCCGCAUGUGCAAGAUGUUCCCUAAAGAUUUCCACUUUUUCCCUAGGACUUGGUGUCUUCCUGCUGACUGGGGAGAUUUGCAGACCUACAGCAGGUCAAGAAAAAAUAAGACAUAUAUUUGUAAGCCGGAUUCAGGCUGCCAAGGGAGAGGUAUAUUCAUUACCCAGACGGUGAAAGAAAUCAAACCAGGGGAGGAUAUGAUCUGUCAGCUGUAUAUUUCAAAGCCCUUUAUCAUUGAUGGGUUCAAGUUUGAUCUACGGAUUUAUGUGCUGGUGACAUCCUGUGACCCUCUCAGGAUUUUUGUGUACAACGAAGGGCUGGCCCGCUUUGCUACGACCACCUAUUCCCGCCCUUGCACAGACAACCUGGAUGACAUCUGCAUGCACCUGACUAAUUAUUCCAUUAAUAAGCACAGUUCGAAUUUCAGUCGAGAUGCUCACUCUGGCAGCAAGAGGAAGCUGUCCACGUUCAAUAUGUACAUGGAGAAGCACAGCUACGAUGUGGAGCGGAUAUGGAGGGACAUCGAGGACGUCAUCGUCAAGACGAUCAUCUCGGCCCAGCCCAUCAUCAAGCACAACUACCACACCUGCUUCCCCAACCACACUCUCAACAGCGCCUGCUUCGAAAUCCUGGGCUUUGACAUCUUGCUGGACCGCAAACUCAAACCCUGGCUGCUGGAGGUCAACCACUCUCCAAGCUUCUCCACCGACUCCUGGUUGGAUAAAGAGGUGAAGGACAACCUGCUGUAUGACACCUUCGUUCUGAUCAACCUGAGAAGCUGUAACAAAAAGAAAGUCUUGGAGAAGGAGAGACAACGAGGGCGGUUCCUGCAGCAGUGUCGUUCCCGGGAGAUCAGAAUUGAGGAAGCCAAGGGUUUCCAGGCCUCGUGGUUACAGAAAACUGAGAAGUACGAGAAGGAAAACUGUGGAGGGUUCCGGCUGAUUUAUCCCAGUCUGAACUCGGAGAAGUAUGAGAAAUUUUUCCAGGACAACAGCUCCCGCUUCCAGAAUACUGUUUCGUCCAGGGCUCGGGAGGUGUAUGCCCGGCAACUGAUCCAGAAGCUGAGACUGAAACAGGAGAAAAAAACCUUCCAGACCAAGGAGAGGAAGGUAGAGAUGCCGGGAGAAUUGGCAGGCGAGCAGGCCAGAGGCAACGGUGCGAGGACCUGGCGACAGAAGCAACAGAAACGAGAGGCUGCCACCCACAGCACCUCCAAACAAUACUCCCAGCCGUUGACAUUAGUGUCCUGCACACCUGACUUGCUCUUGAGUGUCAGAGAUGAAAAGAAAAAUGAAACAGACAGCAGCCUCGACCAGGAGGCCCCCAAGGAGGAGGCUGAUCCUCUUCCCCCAAAGCCUACAUCUGCAAGGCAGUACAGAUCUGUACCCAACCUGAGGAAUUCAAGUCUCAGCUGCUCCAGGCUGGAGUUCGGUAAACCCAACCCCCAAAUCAAGGAGGCCAAGUCUGCCACUGCAGUGAACAUAUGCACUGGCAUCAUGCCCUUAACCUCAGUAGAAACCUCCCCAGAAUCCACCACCCAGAUCUCAGCCUCCCCAAAGUCUCUGCAAGCCUGGUCCACAUCCGCCAGCUCUGAGUGCAGCAGCCCAGAGAUUGAUGGGAUGGUCUCCUUUAAACACAACCAGCAGCAGAUCUCCCAGCAGUGCAUCCAGGAAAAAAUCCCAAAAACUUCUCUGUCUACAAAAUCCCUUAGCUUCUCAGGUCGUCUGAACCCAAGCUGGGUGUCACUAAAGAAUGACAUGAAGAAGCAGCAGCUGAUGUCAGAACUAUUCACCAACGUUCACCCGAGGAGGAAGCUGUCUGUGUUUCCAGCUCACUACGACACAAAGCUGGUGGCCAGUAACCAGUCACAAAACUCCUCCCUGCCCAUGGAUUGUUACUUCCACAGCCACAGCUCUGGUGAGAAGAGGCAGCUGGAUGUGCCCUCCCUCCUCCUUUUGCAGAGUCCUCAAAGCUACAAUGUUUCUCUGAAUGACCUGCUGGUGGCCACUCCAGCCCGCCUGGACCCGAGGCCCAGCAGAAGCCAUACAGGUGCUGUGAGGGACCUGAGGACACAGGAUCGGGAAGCAUGCAGCCACUGCCUGAUCUCUGGCCACAAAGGAUGUGAGAGGAACUAGAACCAGGCUGUAUCUCUGCCAUUUUUUCCUUCCUACCUCUUACUCACUCGCAGGAAAUGAUUUGUCUCUUCCCACGGUAUCUCCCAUGUUCACAGAAUCGACUGAAAGUUUCAUUUCCUCAUCUAGAUGUCUUGAUCUUACAAAUAUCUCCCAUCAGCAGCACUGAGGCUAGCAGCCUUGCCUCUGUGCCCACCCAGUUGGCCUACAGUGCUACCAGACUGCAACUUCUGCGCGUUGAUGGGUGCUGCCCCAAGACUCACCCUGGUUGCCCUACCUGUGGCUCUUCUCUGGGUCCCUCAUAUGGCACCACCAUCCAGAACAUUUCCCCGGUAGGAAUCAUGUUUCAGAGAUGGGCUCAUGAUUUCCAGGAGUCCAAAGCCCUCAGGUCACUGCCAGGACUGUGCCAGUUAAGCCUUCAUCUCCAAAGAUAAAACACAGGGACAGGGCUGGACAUGAUGGAGAACUCUGAGCCCUGGAUGAGGGAAUUGAGGCACUUGCAACUUCGCCGGGUAAAGACCAGACCUCCUCCCACUCUAGCGAGCCCAAAGACCUGCCACCUUGGUGCCCAAACAUCUUCCCGCUACCUCCCUUGCCAGCCCAACUCAAUCUCGCCAGCAAAGGCAGAGGUGAGGCAAGAGUAUCCAGCCUGAAGGUCUUUCUUCCGUCGACAUGCAGAAACCAUGCACCACCCCCCCGUGUCCAUUAAUAAAAUAAAUUGCCAUGCUCAAUGCUGGGACG